AUGUGGGGGAAAUGGAGGUUUGAAGCUGUGCCUCUCCCUCCUGGGAGCAGCUGUGGGGACAAAAGUCCUCAGAUGUCCCUUUGGUGGGGGCUGAGCAAUCCUUCCCCUCUGACACAGCUCAGCCUUGAGCUUGGGAAGGCAGGAGAGGGAGACAGCGGUGAGGAUGAAGAGCGAAGAGAGGAGAGCAGUUCCCUCUUCUGGCCGAGGAAAUCCUUUCCCUCCGCUCGGCUCGGAGAUGGCAUUAAAGCGGGUAUUAAAGCCGGGAUUUGCCUUCCUGAGGAAGAGGCCGAGGUGCCUGGCGAUGGGCCGAAGCAGCUCUUGUUGCUCCGGCCGCUGGGAUCACGUCUAGGGGAUCAGCACAGGCACGCAGGGGAGAGAGAACGGCGGCUUCUCCGCGUCAGGACUGGCACUUUGGAUGAGAUCCUCCGCUCGCUGGCCGGCCCCCCGUCCCCGCCGGGGCAGGACCCCCAUGGCUGGCGGGUGCCCGUGGACUGCGUGCGAGCCAACGAGCUGUGCGCGGCGGAGCCCAGCUGCAGCUCCCGCUACCGCACGCUGCGGCAGUGCCUGGCCGGCCGCGACAGGAACACCAUGCUGGCCAACAAGGAAUGCCAGGCGGCCCUGGAGGUGCUGCAGGAGAGCCCCCUCUACGACUGCCGCUGCAAGCGAGGGAUGAAAAAGGAGCUUCAGUGCCUUCAGAUCUACUGGAGUAUACACCUCGGGCUGACCGAAGGAGAAGAAUUUUAUGAAGCUUCCCCCUACGAGCCGGUCACCUCUCGUCUCUCUGAUAUAUUCAGACUUGCUUCAAUUUUCUCAGGAAUGGACCCCGCCACCAACUCCAAAAGCAACCACUGCCUCGACGCGGCCAAAGCCUGCAACCUGAACGACAACUGCAAGCGCCUGCGCUCGGGCUACAUCUCCACCUGCAGCAAGGAGAUCUCGGCCACCGAGCACUGCAGCCGGAGGAAAUGCCACAAGGCGCUGCGCCAGUUCUUCGACCGUGUCCCCAGCGAGUACACCUACCGCCUCCUCUUCUGCUCCUGCAAGGACCAGGCUUGCGCCGAGCGCCGGCGACAAACCAUCGUCCCCUCUUGCUCCUACGAGGACAAGGAGAAGCCCAACUGCCUGGAUCUGCGCAACACGUGCCGGACGGAUCACCUCUGCCGGUAAGGGCU